AUGGCCUCGGUGGUUUUUCCAUCGCUCAAGCUGAGGCCAAGCUUCUCCGCCGCCACGUCACCCUCCUCUUCCGCCGGCGAUGUCAAACACCGUCCCGCCGUCAUUCUCCCGGGUUUAGGGAACAAUUCAGGAGAUUACAAGAAGCUACAAGUAACAUUGGGUGAGUACGGUGUUCCUGUGGUUGUUGCAGCUGUAUCAAGGCUCGAUUGGUUUAGAAAUGCAGCCGGUUUAGUUGAUCCAGCCUAUUGGCGUGGCACGCUCCGCCCUCGCCCUGUUCUUGAUUGGUACUUGAAAAGAAUUGAUGAUGCAGUCCGCGAAGCCAAUGAGUUAGCUCAAGGUCAAAGAUUGUCUUUGAUUGGUCACUCAGCUGGAGGAUGGCUUGCUCGAGUUUACAUGGAAGAGUACGGAAACUCUGAUAUCUCUUUGUUGUUGACACUUGGUACGCCUCACUUGCCACCACCGAGAGGACAAUCAGGGGUUAUUGAUCAAACAAGAGGUCUUCUCUAUUACGUCGAAGAGCAUUGUGCAAAAGCUGUUUACACUCCGGAGCUGAGAUAUGUCUGCAUUGCCGGGAGAUACAUUCGUGGAGCUCCUUUGGUGAACAAUGUAGAUGCAGAUGUUGAUUCUGAUGUGACUAUGGGAAUCAAUAGUGGAGCAGCGAUCUCAGAGUUUGCUAUAGCAAGCGACAAGAAGAGCGGUUCACAGGUUUCUUCAGGGCCUAGUUUCCGUGCUCGUUUUGUAGGGCAAGGAUACAAGCAAGUAUGUGGAAAAGCUGAUGUGUGGGGUGAUGGAGUGGUGCCUGAGGUUUCAGCUCAUCUUGAAGGUGCACUUAAUGUUAGCUUUGACGGUGUUUACCACUCGCCUGUUGGCUCAGACGAUAAAACCAGACCUUGGUAUGGUUCACCAGUUAUUGUAAAGGACUGGAUUCACCAUCUCAUCGAGUGA